UUAUUUACCCAUCUCGGAUCCGUCUUCCACAGCUCCACUACACAAAGCUAUCAAAGUUCAAAAAAGUCUUAAGUCCUCUCUCUCUCUCUCUCUCUCUCUCUCUCUCUCUCAUAUAUAUGAGAAGAGCAGAUACCUCGUUCUCCAAUUCUAAAAUAUCACUUCUUUAAUUUCUUGGCGAUCUACUUUUUCCUAUGGCUCUCUUCCCUUUUGCACCAGAGGCCACAGAGCCCAAGAAGAAAGAAACGCCACCAUCAAAACGCAGGCAAAAGCAGUCGUCUUCAACCAACAAAAAGCAGCAAAAACCACCGUCCUCCUCCUCCUCCUCCUCAUGGGACCACAUCAAGAACCUUCUGACCUGCAAACAGAUCGAAGGGUCUAGAGUACACGACCCAUCGAAAAAUAAUAUUGUCGGUGGCGCAGCUGCCGACCACGGUGGAGGCUACUCGAAGCUGGGGUCAUCCUGCAGCUCCAUAUGCAGCUUCAGAGAUGUCGUUCAUGGGAACACUAGGGUCGUUCACAGAGGUGACAGCUCGUCGCCCGAGAGUAGCACGCUGGGUCAGGAAACCGGGUUACUGGCUCGGAAACCUGCAACUCGGUCAAUCAGAUCCAACGGUUCUGGUUCUUCUGCUGCUUACCAGACGUCAUCAUCCUCCAGAGGAAUGCAAUUCCGGAAGCUCUCUGGGUGUUACGAGUGCCACAUGAUCGUUGACCCUAGCAGGUACCCAGUUCCUAGGUCUACUAUUUGUGCUUGCUCUCAGUGUGGAGAGAUCUUCCCAAAGAUGGAGAGUUUGGAGCAUCACCAAGCAAUUCGCCAUGCUGUGUCGGAGCUGGGCGUCGAAGAUUCCGGCCGAAAUAUCGUGGAAAUAAUCUUCAAAUCGAGCUGGCUCAAGAAAGACAUCCCCAUCUGCAAGAUCGAACGCAUACUAAAGGUACAGAACACGCAGCGUACGAUUCAACGGUUCGAGGACUGCCGUGAUGCAGUGAAGAACCGUGCGCUGACAAGCACGCGGAAGAACCCUAGGUGCGCGGCAGACGGGAACGAGCUGUUGCGGUUCCACUGCACCAGCAUCUCGUGCACGCUCGGUGGACGUGGCUCGUCGAGCCUGUGCGACUCCGUACCUGGCUGCGGAGUGUGCACGAUCAUCCGUCACGGCUUUCAAGGCAAAGCAGUGGCGGGAGGUGAUCAAGGUGGUGGGAGCAAGGGAGUGCGGACCACUGCCAGCAGCGGUAGGGCUCACGACUCGUUUAAUUGUACGGACGGGCGCAGGGCCAUGCUGGUGUGCCGUGUCAUUGCGGGCAGGGUCAGGCGCAUUGCGGACGAUGCGCCACCGGAGGAGGAUGGCCUGUCCCAACUGUCGGCUGCUGCUGGCUCCUACGAUUCUGUAGCCGGAUUCGCUGGAAUCUACUCCAAUCUCGAGGAACUUGUUGUUUAUAAUCCGAAGGCCAUCCUCUCAUGCUUCGUAGUCAUUUACAAGGCUAUGGAGUCGUGAUUAACGUUGUAGUUUAAGUCGUAUAAUGCGUUAGUUAUCUUCAUUACAUUGUCAGUAUAUGUUAUUGACACGGUAUACUAAGUCAAUCAUACAUCACGGUGAAUUUAAACACAUUCUGAUAUAAUGGUGAUUGAUUUAGAAUACCAUCAUAGUGUUAUCUCGUUGAAAGGAAGUUCUUUUUCUUUUUAGAGCGUGCUGUAUCGACUAAUAUCAAAGGUCAACUUUGCUAACUUCUACUA